UUAAUCUUGCUAUAUAUAGUGCUAUUGUUAGAAAGUGAUUAUUGUACUAUCUAAUUACAUGCCCGUUAAAUAGAGAUAAUGCAACGAACUCUAGGAUACAGACACUCAACAUUCACAUAGAAGAGGAAUGGUGUAUUUGUCUGCCUGCAUGUGCCACUGGAGCGCCAUCAGGACUCCAACGGUGGCUACCGCCGGCCCUCCAAAGGAAACCGCCAAUUCAAGGGUUCUGAUACUAGGAGGAACCGGUAGAGUCGGUGGCUCUACCGCCAUUGCUCUCUCUAAGCUCUCCCCAGACCUCCGCAUCACCAUUGCUGGUCGUAACAGCGAAAAAGGUGCUAGUAUGGUGGCGACACUUGGGAAGAAUGCUAAAUUUUCUCAAUUCGAUAUAAAUGAUGAUAAAUCCCUGGAAUCUGCUUUGACUGGUGUGGAUCUUGUGGUACAUGCUGCAGGGCCAUUCCAACAAACACAAAAUUGCAAAGUCCUAGAAUCUGCCAUCCAAGCCAAGACAGCAUAUAUUGAUGUGUGCGAUGAUACAAAUUAUGCCUUGCGUGCAAAAGCAUAUAAGAAUGAAGCAUUAGCUGCUAAAGUUUCAGCGAUAACUACUUGUGGAAUGUAUCCAGGAGUGAGCAAUGUGCUGGCAGCAGAGCUAGUACGUAUUGCAAAAUGCAAAAAUAAUGAGCCUGAACAGUUGAGAUUUUACUACUACACAGCAGGAACAGGUGGUGUCGGCCCAUCCCUAUUAGCCUCAAGUAUACUAGUUCUUGGAGAGGAGGCUAUUACAUAUAGUAAAGGAAACAAAAUCAAAUACAGGUCGUAUAGUGGAAUGGUUAACAUUAACUUCGGAAAAGGAAUUGGGAAGAAAGAUGUGUAUCUCUUGAAUUUGCCGAAGGUGACAAGUACCCAUGAGUCCCUAGGAGUUCCAAGUGUUAGUGCUCGAUUUGGAACUGAGCCAUUUUUAUGGAACUGGGCACUUGAUGUAAUCGCAUGUUUCAUUCCAUCUGAACUCCUAAGAAACCGAAACAAAGUACAAGAGAUUGUUUGGUUACUUGAUCCAAUAGUUCGCUCCUUAGAUGGAAUUGUUGGGGAACGUGUCGCACUGAGAGUUGAUUUGGAGUGUGUUGGUGGAGAACAUAUGGUUAGUGUUUUCAGCCAUAAAAAUUACUCCAUAUCAAUUGGGACUUCAAUAGAUGCAUUUGCUCUUACUGUUCUUGAGGGUAGCACACAACAUGGUAUAUGGUUUCCAGAAGAGCCUGAAGGGAUCGCCAUUGAAGCACGAAAACUUUUGCUUGAACGUGCUGCACAAGGAACAAUUAAUUUUACAAUUAACAAGUAAUAUUAUUCAAUUCAUUUUUCUUUUACAAACUUGUCUUCCCAUAUAUAAUUAAAUACUUGAUAUAUACAUCUACCAUGAAUAUCUAAUAAAUGUAACACCCCAUGUUUUAUAUA